AUGAAUGCCUCAAAGACCGAAUUAAAAAAUGCAUCCAUAUAUCAAGCUGCUGCUGAUUGGUAUAGGCAAUCAGCUAGUCUCGAGAACAACAGAAAGGGGCACCUGGUCUCUCCAGAUGAGAUAUUGAGCAAACACAUGAACAUCACCGAAAUACCGAUUUAUGAAAGAGAUCAGCUCAUGAGAAAGGGAAUUGAAUUGCCGGAUUCCGACCUACUUAACGCUUUACACUAUUACACUUCAAACAGGAUCCACAGGAGUAUCGGAAGGUUGAGCCAAGAGGACAGGAGGACUUCGCAAAUAUUGGAUGAAACUGCAUUAUUGGCGAUGGGAGCUGCUGUUGAGACUUGGAUUGAUAGCUUGAUAUCUGCUCGUGUGGACUCUUUUCAGCAGGAGAUUGACGGCCAGGAGUCAGAGGGAGAUGAAGAAGAAGAAGAAGAAGAAGAUACUGGAUCAGAGGAGGGAGAAAACGAUGAGAACGAUGUCGACAAUAACGAAGACGAUACCACUGGAAAUGACUCUUUAUCCAGCAGCGACGAUAAUGCUAUGGUGGAAGCCGAAAUUUCUGAUCCCAGUUCAGGCUCUGAAUACAGGUGA